AUGUCAGGUGGCUUGGAUAUGUCACUUGAUGAUAUCAUCAAAUCUAAUCGAAAACCUACGGGAUCUCGUGGCCGAGGCAACGGUGGGAGUAGUAGCGGUGGUCGCGUAUUCGGUGGUACCGGUUCCGGUCCGUCUCGCCGAUUUGCUAACCGCGUAGGAAACAGAGCGGCUCCGUACUCAAGGCCGGUACAACAACAAGCUCAUGACGCCAUGUGGCAGAACGACGUUUUCGCGACUGACGCGUCUGUGGCGGCGGCUUUUGGGCAUCAAUCGGCAGGCAUUGGCGGUUCCUCAAUCGAGACUGGAACUAAGCUCUACAUUUCCAACUUGGAUUACGGUGUCUCCAACGAGGAUAUCAAGGAGCUCUUCUCUGAGGUUGGGGACCUUAAGCGAUACGGGAUUCACUACGAUAGGAGUGGACGAUCCAAGGGUACUGCUGAGGUUGUUUAUUCACGGCGUGGUGAUGCUUUGGCUGCUGUGAAGCGUUACAACAAUGUUCAAUUGGAUGGAAAGCUGAUGAAGAUAGAGAUUGUUGGAACUAAUCUUUCAGCUCCGGCACCUCCAAUUCUUGCUACAGCUCAGAUUCCUUUCCCUACUAAUGGGAUCCUUGGGAACUUUACUGAGAACUACAAUGGCAACUUCAAUGGGAAUUUCAACGGAAACUUCAGAGGAAGAGGAAGAGGCGGUUUUAUGGGACGGCCUCGUGGUGGUUUCGGCGGUGGUAACUUCAGAGGUGGUAGGGGAGCUAGAGGCGGAGGAGGUGGUGGUCGUGGCAGUGGAAGAGGACGUGAUGAAAAGGUAUCUGCAGACGACCUUGAUGCUGAACUGGACAAGUACCACAAAGAGGCAAUGGAAACAAGUUGA